AAAACAAAUUCAUUUUUUCGUUGUUGGAGCAGAAAAAGAGAACCCCAUGUCCAUGGACACCGACGAUCUGAUCGCCUAAACCAGAAACACAGAGAAACCUCCCCCUCCCUCUUUCUCUCGCAAUCAUUUUUACCUCCAGAGAAACCACAGACACAGAGAAGAUUUGUAAAGCUCCGGAAGCCCUAAUUUCCGUAUCAGUCAGGACCAGAAACAAUGGCGGAGGCAAUAAUGAGCCCUAAUCCACCCACCGCGCUGAGGCAGAGAGCACCCAUGGCAUCUCGUCUCCAAUCUCCGACUAGUCCGUUCUUCUUGGGUUCCAACGAUGAUCAGCUGGAACGUGCCCAGGCUCGAGCGGCCAGGGCAGCCGCUAUUCGCCGCAAGUCCAUUGCCGCUGCUGUUGCCUCUGCUGCUCCUCCCCCUCAGUCUUCGGAUCUUUGCCUUGGUAAAGAGCAAAUUUUGGAGUUGUUCCAGAACUGCAUUAAGCUUGCAAGUGAAAAUAAAAUCAACCAGAAGAACACAUGGGAGCUCAGCCUUAUAGAUCACCUCAGCGAGAUUAUUAAAGUGGAAGCAGAAGAUGAUGUGGAGACCAAUUUUCAAAAGGCAAGCUGCACUUUGGAAGCUGGAGUAAAGAUAUACUCAUUGAGGGUGGACUCUGUACAUUCCGAGGCAUAUAAGGUUCUCGGGGGAAUAAAUAGAGCUGGUCGUGAAGAUGAACAACAAGAAACUGUUGUGGAGGGUGACAGCAUCAAUGGACAAGAAGAGGGCUGCACAAAGAAAGACUUAGAGAGGAAGGUGUCACCUAUAUCAACUUUGGAGUCAUCUUUUGAUAGUCUUAAUGUGAAGAAAUUUGAUGUUGCAUUUUCAGUGGAUCCUCUAUAUCAUCAAACAUCUGCACAGUUUGAUGAAGGCGGAGCAAGGGGUCUCUUACUGAACAACCUUGGAGUGUAUGGUGGCUGUCGAGUAAUUUUUGAUUCACAGGAAGCACCUGGGAAGUGUAUGUCAUGUGAAGCUCAAUGUGAUAAAUCAGAUGUUAUUGAUCUUUCUUUUGCCAGAGAAUGUAUUGAGGAGAUGGUAACUAAAAUGCCUACAAAAAAUGAUAUUUCACCAACACUCGGAGAUAUUAUCAAUCAGUUUGAUGAGUGCAAUAGAAGGCCAUCAAAUUUGUUUUCUACUGGCCAGAAAAAUGUUGAGCAUGCUGAAGUAAUUAGUGAUAACCAAGAUGAGUUUGAAGAUGAUACAUUUGAGAACUGUACAGCCUGGAGCUUUGAUCAUGAUGAUCAAUCAACUGCGAUUGAUGAGAGUUCUACUUACACAGAUCCUAUUUUUCCAAGUCAACAGGAGAAUGAUCCAUACAUAGUUCAGGAAUCUGACUUGACUGAUUCGGAUGACAGAUUUGAAAAGGUUGCCGGUUUUCUAUUUCCAGGCUUAGGAUUUACUUCAAUACAAAAUGCUUGGGCUGGUCCUGACCAUUGGAAAUAUAGGAAAGCCAAGGAUCCAGAGAAUGCUCCUGUUUCUGAAGGUGGAUCUCCCUUAACAAGUAAGAAAACCAGAAGCAAGAAGCAGGUAGAAGUUGAUAUCAAUUUCACAAAAUCAUUGGAGAAAGAAAUGCCAGAUAUCUUUGUAGCUCCAAGAAAUCCAAAGUCUUUACUGCUACCUGCAAAUAGAGUGCCUUGUAAUACCACACUUCCAGAAGAUUGCCAUUAUCAGCCGGAGAAUCUUGUCAAAUUGUUUCUUCUUCCUAAUGUUUUGUGUUUCGCAAGGAGGAGAGGAAGGAAAUCCUCUGAUGAAUCAAGGCAGCAAGGCCAUGGUUUUGAGCCAUCUCAAGAAUGGGAAAAUGAUAGUGUGUUCAAUGGUAGUUUUGAUGAUGGGAAUGUUCAUAGUGAUGUGGAAGACUCCAACUCACUUGUUUCUCAGCCCCGCCAGGUAAACAAAAUUGAGGUUCAGUAUGACAAAACCUCUAAACAAGUUGAUGUUCAUGUGUUAAAAGAAACACUUUGGGAUCAUAUACAGGAUUCUACCAAUAUGCCUGAAAAGGGGAAAGAGACUACAGUAUCUUUCAAGCAAUUGUUGGCCAGCUUUCCUGAUGACUGUCAAGCAGCAGCUCCUGGGGAUAUCUCUCCUCAUUUGUGUUUCAUAUGCCUUCUGCAUUUAGCUAAUGAGCAUGGGUUGAGUAUCCGUGAUUGCCCAAGCCUGGAUGAUCUGCAAAUAAAUAUUCCUUAUGUGGAGAAUUGUUUGGUCAAUUGAUCUAAUCAACACCAUGGCCACAUUUCUACUUGUGUUUGUCCAUGUACGUGUUUACAGUUGAUUGGAGAAGUAUCUCACAUCUUCAUGUGGCAUUAAACAGAACGAACUGUUGGGAUAGGAUUCAAUGUAGCCGACCCCAUAUAGUUGGGAGAAGGCUUGGUUGAUGAUAAUGAUGAUCUGAUAUCUUCACGUGCAAAGUUUUUUGCUACAUUCUUUGAUUCCUAUCCUUUCUCACUAACCAGGUGUAAACGUGAUUGAUAUGUGCCGUCAUGCGAUUUUCUUGUACUUCUGCACCUAA